CUUUCUCAAAUGGGUGUAUUUCAUUUCCUCUUUACUUCCAAUUUACUUGCCCAAUUCUAAUGCAACAACUACUCUUUCCCUAGAAGAGCAAAGAAGGAAAGCACUAGAAGUAUUUACCUUAUUUGACAAAUGGCAUGGCAUGUGGUAAAAUGAGCAGUCGAUGUGCAAUUGCUUUAAGAAAGGAUAACUGGGGCAGUGGGUGAUGGGCAUUUUUGUUUUGUUAAAGCAGACAUUUCUUGUUUCGCGCUUUGUGUGAGAGAGCCUUCUCUGCGAAGCCUUUCAGUUUGUGUUUUGCUGCAAACCAAACCUACCGUCACACUCAAACUUUACUCCCCACUAAUGGGAACGGGGAGGAAGCCGCAGACAUUCCUUGUUAAUGGAAAUGCACCUUAUACUCCAAACCUGACGAACAGCAAUGUGGCUGCUAGAAAUCUGAGGAAGAGUCAGCUUGGUGGUGUCAUAUUCGGUUGCAAGGAUAGCACCUUCAAAGAAUGUCUAUUCAAACAGCUUUUUGGCUUACCAGCACAACACUUUUCAUUUGUGAAAAACAUCGAUCCGGGAUUGCCAUUGUUUCUGUUCAACUACACUGACCGGAAACUACAUGGAAUCUUUGAGGCUGCCAGCCGUGGUCAGAUGAACAUUAACCCAUAUGGAUGGACUACUGAUGGUUCAGAGAAAACGCAAUAUCCUGCACAAGUUCAGAUUCGCAUUCGACUACACUGCCAACCACUGCUCGAAGAACAAUUUAGACCUAUUAUUGCAGACAAUUACUACUGCCGUAAUCAUUUCUGGUUUGAGCUAGACCAUACUCAAACAAGUAAAUUGAUGUCCUUAUUAGCUUCUUUAGCUGUUUCUCCAAGCACUUAUCUACAUCAUAAUAUGGCAAAGUGGAGAAAUAUCUUCCAAGCUCUUCCUUCAACUGGCACAAAUGGGGAAGGUGAAGGUUUUAGACAACUUGUUCCAGAGAUGGAGCAUUCUAAUCACUCAAGAAAAAAAUCAGAUACAGAUGUUUAUUUCGAUGAAAUAAAAGUAGCAGAUGAAGGAUUUAAGCCCCCAGCUCAAGAGGUUGAGCAUUUUAGUCAAUCAAGUGGAAAAUCAGAUUCUACAGAUUUUACUCUUUUUGAUUCUCUGGAAGCUCAUGUAGAUGCAAAGACAACAGGACAAGAUGAGAAAGACUUUAUAUUGAUUAAACUAAAAGAACUAGCUCAAAAACGCAAAGACCAAGAUGUUUCUUUGAUGGAUAAUGUGGAAGAUUCGACUGUUCUGAAAGGGACACACUUUGAAGAUAGUGUUUCUUCAAGGGAGCAAAUGGAUUUGGUGCCAGAGAAUGAAGAUGGUGCCUGUUCUUCAUCUCAAUGUCAAUCUGUCAUAGCUCAGUUGAUUCAAGGGAUGGAAGAGCUCAGGGCAUUUAAAGCAGAACAAUCCAUGAAGAUGAUUCAGAUGGAGCAAAAACUGGUUGCAGCAGAAAUGGAAAUUCAAAAACUAAGAGAUCGUUGUCUGAUGUUGGAAUCCUUGUCCAAUCAUUCUGUUGAACAUGUUAAUGGAAAGGCAAUUGAGCCUUCUGAGGAGCUGCAAUUGGAUCCUACUGAGUCAAUAUUUUUAGUGGGAGGAUAUGAUGGUGAAUCAUGGUUAUCAGCAUUAGAUUCUUAUUUCCCAUCUCAAGAUGUGAUAAAAUCUGUUCACCCCAUGAGUUCUGUUCGUUCAUAUGCUUCAGCUGCACAGUUGAAUGGUGAGCUGUAUGUUUUUGGUGGUGGAGAUGGUUAUUCAUGGUAUGAUACAGUUGAAUCAUAUAGCCCCUCAAGUGAUGAGUGGACGCGCUGCCCUUCCCUAAAGGAGAAGAAGGGAAGUUUAGCUGGAGCUGCAUUGGAUGGAAAAAUAUUUGCAAUCGGUGGUGGGAAUGGGGUUCAAAGCUUUGCAGAUGUUGAAAUGCUUGACUCAAUUCUUGGACGAUGGAUCAACACACGGUCAAUGCUACAAAAGCGAUUUGCUCUUGCUGCUGUGGAACUUAAUGGCGCAAUUUAUGCUACUGGUGGAUAUGAUGGGAAUGAUUACCUGAAGUCUGCUGAAAGAUUUGACCCCAGAGAGCAUUCAUGGACCAAAAUUGCAAGCAUGAGCACAAAGAGGGGCUGCCACUCUCUGGCUGUUUUGGAUGAAAAACUAUAUGCUAUCGGUGGUUUUGAUGGUACUAAAAUGGUUCCAAGCGUUGAAAUAUUUGAUCCGCGACUCGGAUCAUGGAUGAGUGGGGAACCAAUUAACCAAGCCAGGGGAUAUGCAGCUGCUACUGUGGUAAAAGGAUCAAUAUAUGUUAUUGGUGGCCUGAGAGCUGGUGAAGACAUCGUAGACUCUGUGGAAUGUUUCAAGGAGGGCCAGGGAUGGGAAUUGAAAACCACCAAGGCUGUUGGGAAAAGGUGCUUCUUAUCAGCUAUUGCUUUGAAGUCAUAAACGUAUAGACAUGGAUUGAGAGGUGGAAGCUUACAUAAUAGUUUCGCUGGCCACCGAUGAAACCUUCAUCUCAGCUAAGUUUUUUGUAAGCCUAUGGGAUGAAAGCAACAAAUGUUUUUUGUUAUAAUGCGGAAAUACAAUCUCGUAAUCAAUUUCAUAGUUAUUUCUCA